AAACCCCAAACAUUGUUAGCGGCCCAUCUCCAUCACUAAUUCGUAGCAAGCCAGCCCGGCCCGUCUCCAAGUCCAAUAGAUCUUCUCCCCGCGCCGAUUAUUUCCCGGUCGUCAUCUCCGGCUUAGAUGACUUCUUCUCUCGCAUUCCGAUCACAUCAUCGCAUCUUCUUAUCUAUCACAUUUCGCCGACCAGAAACCAAUUUCUCCUCCGGGAAUCACAAUGGCUCCCUGGAUUCAACAACCACGGCGGAAUCCAUCCGGAUUCGCGAUGUAUUUGGCCCGUACCUAGCAGCAUCGGAUACUCUGUCCUUCUACAGAAAUGAGUUGAAAUCAGGCUUGAAAUUCAUUUUUCCUAUGGCAUUUACAAGGGUGGGACGCCAUGGAAAACUGUGAAGCUCUUCAAGGAAAUGAAGAAGAAAAGUGAUUGAACUGAGUUUGGAACCAAACGUGGCAACAUAAUUAUAAAGCUUUUGUGUGAAAAUACAUGAGGGUUGAGGAUGCACACAAGGUGUUAGAUGGAAUGUGAGUUUUGAAUGAUGUCUUGAAAAGCCAAGCGAGGAGUUAAACGGAGGGUGGAUACAUGUGUGAUGCUAAUGAGUAAGUUUGGAUCCAUUUUCAUAUAGUGAAUUGGCUGAAAUUGUUCAAUAUCUUGUGGAUAUAAAUCUUUUGGUUACAU